AUGGUUGAGCUAGAAGAUAACACCGAGAGGGAGAAUUCACCAGUUGUAGAGAAUGGUUUCACCAAUGGAUCUCUGUCUUCUCCCACCAAUGAUACACUCUCUUACGCCAAUGUUCUUAGGGCAAGAAACAAGUUUUCUGAUGCGCUUACUCUCUACGAGGCUAUGCUUGAGAAAGAUAGCAAGAACGUUGAAGCUCUCAUUGGGAAAGGGAUAUGUUUGCAGACGCAGAGCAAAGGGAAUCUUGCUUUUGAUUGUUUCUCGGAAGCAAUAAGGUUGGAUCCCGGUAAUGCUUGUGCGCUUACGCACUGUGGUAUACUUCAUAAAGAAGAAGGGAGGCUCGUCGAAGCUGCUGAGUCCUACCAGAGAGCACUGAUGGCAGAUGCAUCGUACAAGCCAGCAGCUGAGUGUUUAGCCAUUGUUUUGACGGAUCUUGGAACUAGCCUCAAGCUGGCUGGGAAUACGCAGGAGGGGAUUCAAAAGUAUUAUGAAGCUCUUAAGAUUGACCCGCACUAUGCUCCUGCGUAUUACAACUUAGGUGUUGUGUACUCGGAAAUGAUGCAAUAUGACAGUGCCUUGGGAUGCUACGAGAAGGCUGCACUUGAGAGGCCUAUGUAUGCAGAAGCGUAUUGUAACAUGGGUGUCAUCUAUAAGAACCGUGGUGACCUAGAGAUGGCAAUCACUUGUUAUGAGAGAUGUCUAGCUGUAUCUCCAAACUUUGAGAUUGCGAAGAAUAAUAUGGCCAUAGCUCUGACAGAUUUAGGAACAAAGGUUAAACUUGAAGGCGAUGUCAGCCAAGGGGUGGAAUAUUACAAGAAGGCUCUUUAUUAUAACUGGCACUAUGCAGAUGCUAUGUAUAAUCUUGGGGUGGCUUAUGGUGAAAUGCUGAAGUUUGAUAGGGCAAUUGUCUUCUAUGAGCUUGCAUUCCACUUCAAUCCACAUUGUGCUGAGGCUUGCAACAAUUUGGGAGUACUCUACAAAGACCGUGAUAACCUUGAUAAAGCUGUUGAGUGUUAUCAGAUGGCUCUGUCAAUCAAACCAAACUUUGCACAGUCGCUUAACAACCUUGGUGUCGUCUACACAGUCCAGGGGAAAAUGGAUGCUGCUGCCGACAUGAUCGAAAAGGCAAUCCUUGCAAAUCCCACUUAUGCAGAAGCUUUUAACAACUUAGGUGUUCUUUAUAGAGACGCUGGAAACAUAACGGCAGCUAUUGAUGCUUAUGAGGAAUGCCUUAAGAUAGAUCCAGAUUCUCGCAAUGCUGGCCAGAACCGUUUACUUGCCAUGAACUACAUAAAUGAAGGGCUCGAUGACAAACUAUUUGAAGCUCACAGAGACUGGGGUUGGCGCUUCACAAGAUUACACCCACAGUACACUUCGUGGGAUAAUAUUAAAGAUCCAGAGCGACCUAUCACCAUCGGAUAUAUCUCCCCAGACUUCUUCACUCAUUCAGUUUCUUAUUUCAUUGAAGCUCCCCUCACGCAUCAUGAUUACACAAAGUACAGAGUUGUGGUUUAUUCAGCUGUAGUUAAGGCAGAUGCAAAAACAUUCAGGUUUAGGGAUAAAGUGUUGAAGAAAGGUGGAGAGUGGAAAGAUAUAUACGGAAUAGAUGAGAAAAAGAUUGCAAGUAUGGUUAGAGAAGACAAAGUCGACAUUCUAGUAGAACUCACUGGCCAUACAGCGAAUAACAAGCUGGGAACAAUGGCCUGCAGACCAGCACCUGUUCAGGUUACUUGGAUUGGCUAUCCAAAUACUACGGGUUUGCCCACUGUUGAUUACAGAAUCACGGAUUCGUUAGCUGAUCCACCAAAUACCAAACAGAAACAGGUCGAAGAGCUGGUUAGGCUUCCGGAGUGUUUUCUUUGUUAUACACCAUCCCCAGAGGCUGGUCCUGUUUGUCCAACACCUGCCCUUUCUAAUGGCUUUGUCACAUUUGGUAGUUUCAACAAUCUCGCAAAGGUUUGAUAUACUUGUCCUUGGAUAUACACAUUAAACAACCUCCAUAGUAUCCCUUUUAAAGGUUUUAUCUCUGCGUUUCUGCCAUCAGAUCACUCCUAAGGUGCUGCAAGUAUGGGCUAGGAUACUGUGUGCAGUUCCCAACUCUCGCCUGGUGGUGAAAUGCAAACCUUUCUGCUCUGACAGCAUUAGACAGAGGUUUCUGACGACGCUGGAGCAGCUUGGGUUAGAAUCAAAGCGCGUUGAUCUCUUGCCGCUUAUUCUUUUCAACCACGACCAUAUGCAAGCUUAUUCCUUAAUGGAUAUAAGUUUGGACACAUUCCCUUAUGCUGGAACUACCACUACCUGUGAAUCUCUCUACAUGGGAGUUCCAUGUGUUACUAUGGCUGGUUCAGUACAUGCUCAUAAUGUUGGUGUCAGUCUUCUCAGUAAAGUUGGUUUAGGACGCCUGGUUGCUAAAAAUGAGGAUGAGUAUGUGCAGUUAUCUGUUGAUCUAGCUUCUGAUGUCACAGCUCUUUCAAAACUGAGAAUGAGUCUCAGGGAUCUAAUGGCUGGAUCUCCUGUCUGUAACGGUCCUUCCUUUGCUGUUGCUCUUGAAUCCGCAUACCGAAAAAUGUGGAAAAACUACUGCAAAGGUGAAGUACCGUCCUCAAGGCGAAUGGAAAAGCUGCAAAAAGAGGUCCAGGAAGAGCCCUUACUCUCAAAAGACUUGGGAUCAUCAAGACUCAACGUUAAUGGAGAAGCCACUCCUUCUCUCAAGGCCAAUGGUUCUGCUCCUGUUCCUUCUUCCUUACCAACCUAAUCCUGACAGCUCUCAAAGAAAAUGGACUCCACUAGUUAAAGUCAGAAGCAGGAUAACAGAGAUACCAUCAAGCAGCGGUGUAUGCCGGAUUAUAGAACUUUGAGAAAACGUAAUGCAUUUGCAGAUUCUGGACCCAUAUGGGUGAAGAUGUUAAGAGAGUCCAUGAGAUCUUCCUCCUUCUUUACUUCCAUUAGUGUAGGAACUAGACUUUUAGAUUACUGUUUGUGUAGUAAAAAGAAUAGUAAAAUCACUCUCUUUUUUUUUUGGUUUUCUCUUUAUGGAGUCUUAGUUUAGGUUUAUAAUGAUUCUUGGGAAGUCUAGGUGGAAGUGGAUUUGGAGUAUUUCUUCUCAUCUGAGAGAUCAAGUUGUUGUAUCAGUUAAAGGUUGGAGUAUUUCUUUUUUUCUUUAGGAUGCUUUCAUAUAAUAGUGAAUAUAGUUUUAUAGCCAAAUAGUUGGCAUAUUCCAAGGAGACAAGUGA